AUGGUUGUCAUCCGUCUGCCUCGCCCAACGGGCGUCUAUGUCCCCAGCUCUCCCACCCGCAGCGUCACCUCAGACAUGAUCUCGUCUCCUCUCUCUGCCGACUUCAACUUUGACUCCGAAACGCUCACCCCCUCCAUCAUCCCUGCCCUCGAAUACAUCUCGGCCAAGCUGCAACAAAAGAUGAUGCACGUCACUCUCCUCGUCGGCCGCGGCAAGCCCUACCCCACGGGUCAGCCCUCCGACCUCAUCGUCAUCCCCUCAGCAGCCCUCGAGCCCUCGGCCUACCGCAUCCUCACCCGCACCGUCGCAAAGGCAGCCCAGAAGUUCUCCCUCGGCCAGAGCUGGACCGACGCCCUCAGCCGCAGCCAGCACGAGCGCAACGCAAACGAGUACCUCAUCGAGCGCUCCAUCCUGCAAAACGAAGUCGUCUUCUCCCGCGAGGGACUCACCCUUCUCAACGUCGACCGCAUCUACACCUUCAAGCGCCGCCUGUGCAUCCUCUCGUCAAAGAACACGCCCAUCCGCGAAUCAUACAUCAACUCCUGCGUGCGCCUCCUCCACCGCACGAUCGAGGACUUCCAGGGCCGCCCCUUUAGCAAGGCCUUCUUCCAUCGCGUGUACGAGCAGCUCGACGUGCACGACGACCUCCUCGCCCAGGUCGCAGACGUCUACAAGCACCAGUAUCACCAGGAGGGCAUUGUCCUCCCGCCGCCGCCCAAGCCCGUCGUCAUCGAGAAGAAGCAAGCGCCUGUUCGUACUGUCCGCAUCCGCAAGCAGCAGUCGUCCACCACGCCUCGCUCGGGCACGGUUCCAACCAAGCGCGGGCCCAAGACGCCCCUAUCUGCUUCUGAUGUGACUCCGAUUACGCGCAACGAGUGGAAUCUGCUCUUUGGGCCGGACUUUAAGAAGCCGCAGCCGACUGUCACAAAGUGGACGCCCUCGCCGACUGUGCUUGCUGCGGCGUGA